GGCUUGAUCUGAUCUACGGUCCACAAUUAUUCAUAAUCGUAUUAUGGAACCCAUAUUAUUAAUGCGUGGCAUAUUAUGUCAAGGAAACCGAUUUUUCAACCUACAAAAUCGAUUUCUGUUUCUAUUAGAUUUUUUGUUGUAGCGUAUAACACUUACUACAUAUUACGAUCAACAUCAACACCUCUAUAUAUAGAGGCAUAUUCUCUGAAUUCCCAAACCUAACUAACAGCAAAGGAAUUAAAUUUGAAGGUAAUUAAUUAAUGAGAAUGGGAAAAAGUAGGGUUCUUGUUGUAGGUGGGACAGGCUACAUGGGCAGGAGGAUUGUGAAGGCGAGUCUGGCGGAGGGCCACCCAACUUACGUUCUGCGGCGGCCGGAAAUCGGGCUGGACAUGGACAAGUUGCAGACGUUGCUGGAGUUGAAGCAGCAGGGGGCGGUGCUCAUCGAGGGCUCCUUUUCCGAUCACCGGAGCCUGGUGGAGGCGGUGAAGCAAGUCGACGUCGUUGUCUGCACCAUGUCGGGGGUUCAUUUCCGGAGCCAUAACCUGCUGCUGCAGCUUAAACUUGUCGAUGCUAUUAAAGAAGCAGGAAAUAUCAAGCGGUUCCUGCCUUCAGAGUUCGGCAUUGAUCCAGCGCAAAUGGAGCAUGCGCUGGAGCCAGGAAGAGUAACAUUCGACGAGAAGAUGAGCGUGAGGAAGGCCAUCGAAGAAGCCAACAUCCCCCACACCUACAUCUCCGCCAACUGCUUCGCCGGCUACUUCGUCGGCAACCUCUCUCAGAUGGGCACGCUCCUCCCCCCCAAACACACUCUCCACAUCUACGGCCAUGGAAACGCCAAAGCUGUCUUCAUGGACGAAGACGACAUCGCCACUUACACCGUCAAGUCCCUCGACGAUCCCCGCACCCACAACAAGACCGUCUACCUCCGCCCGCCGGAAAACAUCCUCUCCCAGACAGACCUCGUCCACAUGUGGGAGAACCUCUCCGGGAACACCUUGGAGAAGAUCACCAUUUCCGACCAAGAUUUUCUCGCUCUCAUCCAAGGUGCGGACUUCGUUGGGCAAGUUGGGCUAGGCCAUUUCUAUCACAUUUUCUACGAGGGCUGCCUCACAAACUUCGAGAUAGGUGAAGACGGCGAAGAAGCUUCUAGACUUUAUCCACAAGUCCAGUACAAGCGCAUGGAUGAAUACUUGAAACGUUAUCUCUGAUUCUCUCUCUCUAUCUCUCAGUUGUAACAUCAAUAAAACAAGCUCUUCACAAUUUUAAUGAAGAGGAAGCAGCAUUUGAAUUGAAGCUAAUUAGUCUAUCCAUCAAGUAGUAGUAGUAUAAUACAAUAUCAUUCUAGCUAGUGCAGAUUCAUCGAUUUUGAAGUGCCAAUAAAGUCGUAGCUACUUCUGGAGUUGAGAUCAAAGUCGAUGGAAGGGCCCUCGAGCUUGAGCACGAGCUUGGUAUCGCGUGGCUCCUCAUUGACAGUGUGCAUGAAACUCGAUAGCGCGAGAUUGAAGUCUGUUGUUAGCUGAGCUUUGGCGGACUCAGAGAGGCUCCGGUGAGCUCUUUCUAGUAUGGCUUGCAAGUACUUCCCUUGUGCUUCUAUUCUCAUUUGCAAUUUCUUCUGCACCUGUUGUUGUUCUACCAAUAUUAAUACAGAGCUAUUAAUUAAUUAA